GAGAUUUUUUUCAGUUCAAAUAAACUACUUCCUUAUUAUAAUGAACUACUGUCAAAAAUACCUUUGAUAAAUAUUUUGAUCCAAAACCCGUCGCUGGCUCGCAAUUGCAAGUUGCAAGAACAUGAGUGUUAUAAGGAACAGCGUCCUUGUUGGAGGAGGCACAGGUUUUAUUGGAUCACAUGUUUGCCCCAAUCGAAUAACAUGGCAUGAUCUCGAACAUCACGGUCUUCCCACAGGAACAACUGCAGUUGUCAAUGUCGCCGGUCAGAACGUUUUAGAUCCUACGAAACGGUGGACGACAGGCUUCAAACAGAACGUAUGGAAUUCUCGCGUGCGAACUACGGCGGCGCUAUCUAAGGCGAUUGUUGAUGCCACUGACAAACCUAAGUCAUUUGUCGCCAUCUCCGGGGUCGGUAUAUACGAACCCGGCACAUCCAAGGAAUAUGUGGAGGAUGAUGUGACGAGCGAGUUUGAUUAUUUUUCAAAGUUGGGCAUAGAAUGGGAGAAAGCGGCCAAACUGCCCGAGUAUAUCACUCUGUGCCGGCAGAUUACCAUUCGAAGUGGUGUUGUUUUAGGACAAGAUGGUGGAAUGAUCAAGCAGUUGUACUUGCCGUUUUAUUUAGGACUUGGAGGACCUGUCGGUUCGGGAAGUCAAUAUUUACCGUGGAUUCACGUAGAAGACCUCGCAAGGCUGAUUGUUUUUGCCAUAGAGAAAGAUGGAGUUAGUGGUAUACUUAAUGGUGUCGCUCCACAAGUAAUCACUAACAAAGAAUUUACAAAUGUGUAUGCGAAGGCAUUGUGGCGACCUGCUUUAUUUCCUCUUCCUGUUAGUAUACUUAAUGCCAUCUUCAGUAAGGAGAGAGCCAAAUUGAUUACUGAAGGGCAAAAGGUGUUACCCAGAAGGACACAAGCUGUUGGUUUUAAUUACCUUUACCCAGACAUCAAGUCUGCGUGUGAGGAACUUGUGGCGUAGACUUGUUUUAUGGUGAAACUUUUGCCAAGAAACCUAUUUGUAUAUAAAUAAGUUGUUUGUAUAUACGUUCUGUGAUAUAUUUAUUAAAGUAUUUAUGCGGUUUGUAUGUCCUAAGGUCAGAUUUAAGGACCUGGUGAGAGAGCUUCCACCAUGUUUAUUAUUAGGCGUAACUUAUGCCAUUGUUUAAAUAAAGUAUUUAAACAAU